UGGGAUGCGCCGGGCAGCGAUGCAUGCAGCCUUUUCUCAUCUCACCGUCCAUCUCCUCUGCACCGACAGCGACAGCCAGGUCCAAGGAGUGUAUCCCCCCGUCGUUUGCCUCGAGGAGGUAUAAAGACGCAGCCGCGAACAGCAGCCCCCCUUCACAUCCCCCACCACCCAGCCACAGCAUGCCCAGACCCCGCCCACAACCAGCAGGCCUCGGUAUCGAAGACGAGCUCUCCUUCGGCUCAGACGAGGACCUCAUCGCAGACGUCGGCGAGAUCAACCUCCCGCCUGCCCAGGACCCAUCAGACGAUCACACCAUGAAGGAGCAGAGGGCGAGCGCGAACGGCGGCAGUCGCUUCAAGCUCUCGAGGGGGGACAAGAAGGAGGAGAGGAGUGGGUCCAAGGACAGGUAUGCGAAGGAGAAGAAGGACAAGCGGAACUUGAGCAAGGCGGCGCUGGUGAUGGACCCGCAAUUGGAGUCGGUACUGGAUCUUUCAAACUACAACGACGGCAGCACGAGCUCGGGGUCCAACCCCUCGCUGCCCAGCCUCACCAGCGCUAGCAUGACCUCGGUGAAUGCAAAGAAGAAGGGCGGAUUCAGGAGUGCUCUGAGAAACUUGGGGAUGAAGAAGGAGGCGGACCCCAUCGCUGUCUUUGCGUCCAAGCAGAGGCUGGAAAAGAUCAGGCAGGUGCAUAGCAAUGACAGUUUCUCCACCGGCGAGUACAGUAAGUCUCUGCGUAGCUGUGGGAGAAGCCUGCUCACUCGCAACAGCGCAAAGUAUCGACCUCUCCCUCUCGACCUACUCUUCACGCCGCACCGAUACCACCUUCUCCUCCCACUACCACUCGCCUACCAACCCGAAUCCUUCCUCCACAAAGUCUAUCGACGACGGGCACUCUAAACGGGGCUCUAUUGCUUCCUUCCCAGCUCGUCCACCAGCACAGCCAAACACAGACACCCGCUCGAAAGAGUCGUAUCCGCCCGUGACAAAGGCCAUACUGAACAAGUUUCCAGAAGCACCGGAUGCUGGGGUGCAGAAUGGUCACGCAAAGUCGAGACCGACGUUGGACAUCCCCUCUCCAGUCGACUCGGGGCUCUACUCUGUCCUCUUGCCGCCAUACCCCACUUCUCUCCCUUCGCUCGAGAAUGUUUCAAUCCUCUCUGCGACAGUCAUCCGACGCGAGGUCUCUUCCGUGCCCGAAAAGCAGAGAAGCACGAGCCUGAGUUCGCUGGCAGGUGGAAUGGGCGGGGGUAACAACGGGGCGAAAAAGCUGGUAUGGACGAGCAGGCAGAUGGUCUUGACGAGUUUCAAAGUCGGCGGCAAUACGCCUUCUGCCUCGCCAAAGGACGAGUACCCCUCCGAGGGCGACGCCCAAGUCAAGACCAUCGCCAAUCUCCACAUCUUUUCCCUCCCCCUCAACACACCUUCAUCAGCUGCAUCGCCUCUCAGAUCGCGCAACCGCUCUGACUCUUCAUCUUCCCCACCCGGGUCUUCUCAUCAGACAGAGCUGGAGAGGAUGACGUUGAAGGGGGAGAGUACGGCUGGGUUCUGGGAAGAUGCGGGGGGGGAGAGGAAGCAUGUGUUGAGGAUUGGGUUUGGGUAUGAGGCGAGGAAUAGGGAUGGGGUGGAGUGGAUUGUCGAGAUGCGUAGCGCCGAGCAACUCCGCGAAUGGAUCAACCAGAUCAAGUCCCUCUCGACAAUCCUCCGCGCAGAACAAGAAGGCUAUGGACAUGCUAUCAACCAGGCGUAUGCUUCCGGCACUGUGCGUGGGGACGACCUCGCCCUCGCGCUGAGUCUGCAGCGCCGCACGCCGAGCGGGUCAGUGAAGAAGCAAGGGAGCCAAGGUGGGAGCGAGGGCAGCGGCGAUGUAUCUCCUGCGCCGGUGCUUGCCCCGGCCGUGGCGCCCGCGGUCGACGCGAGGAUGAGCGGAGAAGCCGCCCGUGCAGAACCGCCCUUGCUGCCCAUGGACUCUUUGCCCAGAGUAUCCGCCCAGCUCAACAGGCUCGACUUGCGUUCUUCUACGCGUAGGUCAUCCUUGACGUCUGGCUCGCCCUCGCCAUCUGCUAUGAAGUCACCAGGCGUCAACGGGAAUGGGCUGCAUGUACCCAACAAACACUUGCCACCCGCCGUCACUCCCCCAACGGCACCUCUCCCUUCUCUCCCGUCGGAUAUCCCUCCAUCGACUUAUCCUUCACUCUCCUCUCACUCCCGCUCGGAUUCUAUGAGCAGGAGAUACCAGCCCCAAGAGCGGCCUAACCCGCUGCCGGCGACGGUGACGGAAGAAGAGAGAGAGAGGCCGUUGACGGAAGCGGAAAAGAUCAGGCUGGAAGCGCAGAGUCAUCCUUAUCGCGCUACUUCGCCGCCCAUUCCUCAGACGACAGAACCGGUGGCAGUUCGUCCGCCUACGCCGCCUGUGGUGAAAACGAAAGAAAUUCCGGCAGAUGCGCAGAGUGUGCUUAGUGUGCCGAGUGUCGCGAGUGGGGCUAGUACGGGUGCGAGUAGGAGAAGGGCGGGAAAGAGGGUUGCUGUGGAUGUUAUGGCCGAGUUCCAAGAUGAUUACGAGCCGGAGGAAGAGCAAGAACCUAUCAUUGAGGAUCGUCCCAGAGCGAUCAGGUUCGCUUAGAGGUGCUUCUCGGCGAGAGCAUGAGUGUAAUCGGUGCCAUCUCUAUCUCUAUCUAACGACAUUAUGUCCUUAUCUCUCUUUCCUCUACUGUUCUGACGGAUUAUCCGCUUUGUAGCUGUACAUAGACUUUCUACAUUUUAUCUGCUUUGCUUCCAUACGACUCUUACUGGGUUGUUUGAUCGUUUUUGGGAUACUCUUUUUCUUUACUUUUUUGUAGUUGCAUACAUGGGAUGCCGGGGAAGACAUACGUAGAUGACUUUUGACGAAUGCAUCUGUACAAGAAG